UCCGUCUUCCUGCGUUAUUCGCUCCGUCCUUCUAGCAAACACAAGUAUGUGUUGUGGAACAUGGAACGUUCGUUAGAAAUGAAUUCCAUUGCGGUUUUCUGUCAUUCAUCUUGUUUGUCAUUUUGAACUGGUGGGUUAUUGUGUCGGAACAAAAAGCGGGAACGAGGGAGAAGCUUUCGCAAAUACUUAAAAUGUUCUCGGCCUCACGGAGAAAAGGUGCUGUCGCUCGUGUUCUUCUCUUAGGUUUCUUGCACACGGCAAGUAACCUGCCGUACGCAUGCCACGCUGUCAUCUUCAACGCGAGCCAGUUUCUCCGGAGACACUGCGGCCCCGGCCCUCGGCGAGCGGAGCCUUGGGUUGUGGUGGACAACGACGACACGCGGCAGACAAACCGUAUCGCCCGCUCAGGUUUCGCAAUCUCUGCCAUCUUCACAAUGAACGCGCAAGACUCCACCUCCUCCUGUGAAAAUCGUGGACCAACAAAAUCAAAAAGUAACGUAAGGCAUGACAUGUCUUUAGUUUAUCUUUUGCAGUGUCUGGGAGGGACGAUCGAGUGCGAAUUUUCCCUUUCCAAAUCGGGUCAUGCGCAUUCCUGUAAACAAAAGUGGACAUAGUACGAGUGGUAUGCAUGACUUAAUACCUUUCCGAUUCCGAAUGAAAAUUUCAUACAUUAUAUUGGAACAGUUGAAGAGACAGACGACAGAGUCGUUGUAACACCUGAGCGGGCGAUUAGCCGAAGAGUCGUCUAUUCCCGUCUUGAUCCGCAGUACUACCCCGCAUCAGACCUGCAGUUUAACCCGGGCUGCGUUCCAGGUAAGGUGGAGGUUCCUCACAGUAGGAGAGUGCACAACCCCUCCAUAAUUCUCUCCUUUGUCAUGCAACUAUGCCAAUUGCACAACUGCCAGCUCUGCUCUGCUCGUUUUCUUUUGACAUGGUGCGUGUGAGAAGCUCCUGCGGAGCAAUCAUAGUGAACCAGUUGUAGUACUGUAAUCAUCCUGCUCUGAUGGAACUCUACUGAUGUCGUACUGACGCUACAACAUUAUCCAGAGUGAGUGACUCUCCUGUCACUCCGCACACAGCAGUACUGGGUGCCCGUCCACUCAUUAGAAUGAGAAAAGAUAAUGUUUAUCCCGGACACGCACAAAUAUGAUGAUGAUGAUGAUGUUUUGUUGUGGUGUUCUUGUCCUUCAAAGAAAUGAGGGAGAUAAGGGGCUGUGCAAUUUGGAUAGACUGUGGCGGCUUAACCUUCCCAGACCAAAUUCCGGCGAAGGAAGCUCGGGUGGCAGAGCAGCUGCGAGAGGUAGCAACCGCUGCCGCAUGGAACAAACGGGACCGGCGUGCAGCGGGAUCCAGCAUCUGGGAUCCUUGCAACUCCUGCAGCUCCUCCUGCGCUAGCUUCGUCACGGCGCGGUCGUGCGCGAGUCACGAAGAGUGCUCCCCCUCGGUGAAUAUGGCAUUUGCAAAUACGUUUGGGUCUGGAAGAGAUCCAACUUCCUUGUGAUGCAUUGUGUAGAUCACACGUACGAAUUGGUCUUGCGCGGGGAGCAGCAGAUACCCAUUUUUCGCCAUGCUGAUGCGGAAUAGGCAUUGUAAGGGCCUUACAAUAAACCAUGUGAUGCUAAUAUUUAUUCUCUCCCGUUUCUUUUUCCAAACCUCAUGGGGGACGCAAAAUCUGGCGCAUGACAAACUCCCAGGCUGAUCCAGCCCCAGACAUUUUUGCAUUUGAUAGUGCUGAAAGUCGAGCAAGGCCACCAGCGACCUUGCUUUAUCGAGGAGGUGCAAAUCCAGCCGCAGACGCAGCGUAGCGGCGGUUUUCUUUCCUGUAUGAGCUGCUUCCCUGCCUCUAUCGGUACCAGCUGGCCCUCGUCCGGUGGUAGCGCGACGGAGAUCUCAACACCUGCUCGCCUUGUGUAA